UCAGUCGUGCGGUAGUAGUGCCAGGGUGAGCAACGAUUGCUUUAUGUUCAUUUAAUUAUACCAGUGUGCUAUUGUGGAUUGACAUUUUGGAUCUUCUUGUUCAUAUACUAUUGGAAUUUGGAGGGGAUGCCGAAGGAUUUCGAGUCGUCGUGGAACCAUUUGGAGGCCGUCACCUUGAAGAUGCCCGUGGGCAGUGUCGGACCUUACGCCUCAUGUGGAGCGUUGACCUCAGGGGAUGCGGACGACGGUCGCCUCAGCAGUGUCUACCCCCGGACUAGACGUCGCCUCUCCUCUAUAGGAGGAACAGACUCCAACAGCAGCGGGAGUGUUGACACAUCGGACCUUACUGACCAUGAGCGGGCUCAGGUCGAAAGCUGCUUUCGGGGUCUCAAAACUCAGGUAUUUGUGUGUGGAUCAUUGGCUAACCUCUACCUGGGCUCGGCUUCUAAUCCCGGACCCUGGGAACUCCACUACACCGGGAUCCCAGUUGUGCUCCUGGACUACGGUGAGACCAGGUCAAGGAACAAACGGAGGAUCCAGAUUCUACUGGCUGAGCGCGGAACUUGCUUUACUUUGUGGAGCGACACCAUCGACAACCUCUCUAGUUACAAAGUAUCAGGUACAGCGUUCCACACCAUGUGCCUCUCAUCAGACCACACCAAGUUGGUCGGGCUGAGUUUCGACUGUGUGGAAGCUGCCAAGGAGAUGUGGCAGCAUAUCGAGCGUCUAACUUCCGACCCAGAGAACAUCAGUCUCUCUGUACCCAAGAAGGGAAAGAAGAUGAAGAAGAAGGUCCCGGUGCAACCACUACCUCAAAAAUCUCACAUCUCCCAACCUUGUUGUUUUCAACACAUCACGAGUGUUGAGCCAGGAGAUCGAACCCGUUACUACUCCCUGCAAACCCUCCUUCCCGUCAUGCAGGAACUGUCGAUAUCCUCCAGUCCCGAACAUUCAGACGAGUCUUAGACUCAACGUCGUUUCUUGUACAAUCUAAGUCACUUAGUGCGUGUAAGUUUGUAAAUAGUCGUAAAUGUUAAAAAUAAACCAUGGCAGGAUACAUUUGGAUUUUCGUUUGAUAAAUCGGAAAGUCCUCUAAAAUGUCUAACAUUUUGAGUCAAAAUAGUAGGCUACUUGAGAGUGGUACCAUUAAGUAAAAUGAAACUGUGAUGCUAAAUAUGGUUUGCUGUAUAGCCCACAACUACAGGGUACUUUAUUGUUAUAUUUUGUACAUAUUUUAUAGUAUUUUUCCCCUUAUUGUGUUGAAAUUAAAAUAAUGUUUUAUGUGUUUUAAAUCAUUUUGUGUACCAUUGUGUUGUUGUAUAUGCGUUUGUAAUUUUAUUGUAUUAAAUUUAUUUUUGAUAUAAAAAUACCGUUAUAGGAUAUUAGUUAAUAAGACUGAUGUAUUUUUUAAACUCAAUCUAACAACCACAAAUAAGUAGAUAUUUAUUAUGUUCAGCAUUAAAUUAAAUAGACUGGCAAUAUCAUUUUGAACACAAUUUUAAGCCCACCGUUUAACGGACAUUAUUUUUAAUAAUUAAAUACAUUUGUUCCAUAAUCAUCCAUUGUAUUUAUUACAUCUUCAUUCAAUUUAAUUCUAACUCAAUCAUUUGUGCCUAUAUUAUAGUUGAUAAGAUAAGCCUGAUAAAACAUACCAUGUUGUAAAUUUGUUCUCUAGUUAUAAACUAGGUAUAUGUAUUGCUAUGAAUCUAAAUGCAAUAAAAAUGUAUUAAUUGAA